UAAAAUAAUAACUUUGCGGCACUUCUUGUCGCUGCGACAUUGCUCGACAUUGCACCUGAAUAAAACGCCCAAGUGCUCUGAAUACAGUUGCACCAUGCUCUCACUCCCUGCGCCCUACUAUAAACACUGAGACAAAUAUGGAGAUUCAUGACACAUUCGCUCAUUGCCUUUGAGUCUUGUUUGUUCUUGUUCUUAGCCUUCUCCACUAAUCGGAGAGACGUCCCGAAAACAUCUGGUUUCUAAAAGACAAAGGAAGACCACAACGUGCACUUUCAGCGGCAAAACUCUUGUCAGAAGCAAUCAGCGCCAUCCAGUCCUUCUGUCAAUCAUUCUGUGCUUUGGCCUGCCAAGCAUCGCAAGCCAAUUCAACAGGUCAUCUAAAAUGGAUCGCACCCAUAACACCACCAGCCAUGGUCCCGAUAGUUCCGAAACGCCUCUCAAGCCUACAGCAUCAGCAACGAAUCUCGGUCUUGAGGAAGAAAAGACAUCAGCGCGCUUUUCGUGUCGCUCGUCAGCAUCUAGCUCGUCAAAGGGCUAUCCUCAUACGGUUCAGGUUUCGCAGUCGAAGGCAUCCCAGUCCGAUAAUGUUACCGAUGUGCCGCAACCAGGGCGAGGGGCGCGCUCUUCUACGCGAUCAUCGAGCCGGGCACCGAGGAGACUAAGUGGGAGCACGGCAGCAAGCUCAAUGAGCGAGGUCGAGCCACCCCCUGCAUUUCUGGGGAAAAUUGGUGUGUGUGCACUGGAUGUGAAGGCCCGAAGCAAACCCAGUCAGAAUAUCCUCACUCGGUUGCAGUCCAAAGGUGAUUUCGAAGUUAUAGUCUUUGGCGACAAAGUGAUUCUCGACGAAGCGGUAGAGAAUUGGCCUGUAUGCGACUUCCUAAUAGCGUUCUUCUCGGAUGGCUUCCCGCUGGACAAGGCUAUCGCCUAUGCAAGGCUAAGAAGGCCAUUCUGUGUCAAUGAUCUGCCUAUGCAGAAAAUUCUGUGGGAUCGGCGGCUGUGUCUGCGCAUCCUGGACCAUAUGAGUGUCCCUACUCCGAAGAGAAUAGAAGUCAACAGAGACGGCGGGCCAACUUUGGAAUCCCCAGAACUUGCGCAACAUGUAUACAAGCUCACAGGUGUGAAACUUGAUGGCCCUACCGAUGGCACAGGGGGAGGCACACCCAAAACGAAGAAUGUCACUUUGUCCGAUGAUGGCGAUUCUCUUAUCGUUGACGGCAAACACUUCAGGAAGCCCUUCGUCGAAAAGCCCGUAAGCGGGGAAGACCACAAUAUACACAUCUACUUUCCUAAAGACCAGCAGUACGGAGGCGGCGGUAGACGGCUUUUUCGGAAAGUCGGAAAUAAGAGCUCUGAAUACGACCCUGAUCUCCGUACCCCCCGUUCAAUCUUGGAAGAUGGCUCUAGCUAUAUCUACGAGCAGUUCCUGAGAGUUGACAAUGCGGAGGAUGUCAAAGCUUACACAGUUGGUCCUGAUUUUUGUCACGCGGAGACACGGAAAUCCCCUGUUGUUGACGGUCUUGUCCGUCGCAAUACCCAUGGAAAGGAGCUGCGAUAUAUUACCAAAUUGAGUAAGGAAGAAGCUAUUCUAAGGGACAUAUUCAUCAACGAGAGGCGCAGACGUGAAGGUGUCGCGGAGGCUCCUGAAGCAUCCUUUUCAGAUCAAAGUCAUUACCAAUGGAGACACUCGGUGUCGCACCGACACGCACUAAAAACAUUGCUAAAGUCACCCGGCUCAUCAAAGUCUAACGGCAAUCCACAACAUCAGAGGGAUUCGGAUGUUGGAUCUUUGGAGUCAUCACACCCCAGCCUUACAGCGCCUAGUCACGACGGCAUGGACUUCAAUAAUGGGCGUGCCGGCGUUAUCCCAAAGGAACAGUCAGCAUCACCCGGUAUAUGCACUCCUCAGGGUGCGAAUCAACCCUCACCUACGAUGCACAGUCUUGAGGCAAAUCCUCCGCCGCCUGCCUCUAAGCACUCAUGGAAGUUGAAGGGUAUGGUUGCUGUCAUAAGGCACGCCGAUCGAACACCGAAGCAAAAAUUCAAGUUUACUUUCCACAGCCAGCCAUUUAUUGACUUAUUGAAGGGCCAUCAGGAAGAAGUUGUGAUCAAAGGAGAAUCUGCGCUUCGCAGUGUAUCAGAGGCUGUUAACCUCGCUAUGGAACAAGGGCUUGAGGACGCGGACAAGUUGAAAUUGCUUCGUACGUCUCUGGAGAAAAAGGGCGGCUGGCCUGGAACAAAGGUGCAGAUAAAACCAAUGUUCAGGAGACGAGAUCUCGAGGGAGGCAAUGUGAAAACGUCAGCAUUAUCUGAUACUGUCGAAAAGGAGCCGAAUUCUUUGCCCAUUGACGCGCCUCAAGAGGGUGAGAACAUAGGGAGGUCCCAGACCCGAAGCGAUUCAAUAUCUGGUGCAACAUUUUCCAGGUUCUCCGCUGUUGAGAAUGACCUCAUCCUCGACAAACUUCAACUUGUCAUCAAAUGGGGAGGGGAGCCAACACAUGCAGCACGUUAUCAAUCCCAGGAUCUUGGUCUCAAUAUGCGUGACGAUUUGAAACUAAUGAAUAAGGAGGCUUUGAACAACGUUCGAGUAUUCACCAGCUCAGAGCGUAGAAAGGAGAUCCCUGAGGGGUUCAUUCAGGUCAGAAAGGAUCUCUUAGAUGACUCCAAUGCGGCGAAAGAUUUAAUGGAUAAGGUCAAGAAGAAGCUUAAAUUGCUUCUACGAGAAGGGUCUGCCCCUUCACAAUUCACAUGGCCUAAGGAAAACAUACCUGAGCCAUCAGUGGUCUUAGCGACAGUCGUCGAACUGAUGAAGUUCCAUCGAGAUAUAAUGAGGCACAACUAUGAGAAACUCGACCGCUCUUACACGUUAGCUCCAGAUGCAGCCGAGAAAUCUGAUGAACUAACCUCCUCACGAGCUGCUGAUACUUCGAACGAAAAUCCAGCAUUCUCCGCUAUCCAGGGUCGAUGGUGCACAGGUGAAGAUCCCAUGCUCUUUAAAGAGAGAUGGGAGAAACUCUUUGCCGAGUUUUGCGAUACAGAAAAGGUUGACCCAAGCAAGCUUUCUGAGCUGUAUGACAGUAUGAAAUUCGAUGCGCUCCACAAUCGACAAUUCCUCGAAUGGGUGUUCACCCCUCCGGAUGCUGAAGACAGCGAUGAGGAGACGGCAGAUAUGUACCGCCGUGGAUCUUCUCGAAAUCAUGCCUCUGCUGCGGAGUCAAGGGGCAAUGGCUUUGAUGGGAGCGGCCACCAGAGGGUCGAUGAGCAAUACUCCGAGAGUCAGACUCUGGCACAUCGUCUCGGUUUGAAGAGGCGGAUGCAUGCUUUCGAGACAUCGAUACCGCAUCUAAGGGCACUUGACGAUUCAUACGACCAUUAUUUUAAGCUUUACCCGAGUUCUAAUCCGUCAAAGACCAAAUUAGACUCUAGGCUUUCGAAGUUGCGAGAGCUGUACAAGCUAGCGAAAGUUCUCUUCGAUUAUGUGACUCCCCAGGAAUAUGGUAUCACGGAUACGGAGAAGCUGGAGAUUGGCCUGUUGACUUCCUUACCUCUUUUGCAGGAGAUAGUGAGAGAUCUGGAAGAGGUACAAGCUUCCUCAGACGCGAAGUCCGUGUUUUAUUUUACUAAGGAGUCCCACAUUUACACGCUCCUGAACUGUAUACUUGAGGGUGGUGUCCAGACAAAAAUAGCACGCUCUGCUAUUCCAGAGUUGGAUUAUCUCUCCCAGAUAUGCUUCGAACUUUAUGAAGCCAGGGAUAGCGAAUCCUCUACCAGCUCUUACUCGAUCCGAAUCUCCAUCAGCCCCGGCUGUCAUGCUUUCGACCCGCUGGAUGUGCACCUUGAUUCUAGACAUGCAAUCGGUUGUGCGCCGCGGCGUAGCCUUACUGCACACCAGGAUUGGAAGGAGGUUAUUGAGACUUUGAAGGCAAAAUUCAAUACUGUCAAGCUCCCAAAAUCAUUCACGGCAGUGAAUCUGAGUGACAAGCUUGUUUCAAGGCCCCAGUAGAUAUGUGUGCUAUCAAGCUAUGGCACAUUAAAAUCCUCAAUAUCCCCAGGCAUCUUUCUUUAGUACAACUGUCGCUGUUAUAUGUGUUAUAUUCAAUGUAAUUUAUAUAAAGAAAGGGCUAUAUAACGUAAAAUUAGUAAUUUAG